CACUUGUUAAGGUUUUUGCAAACCGAGUAAGCAAAAAAAACCAAAACCCUGAAGCAGAAAAUAAAAGAGGAAGAUGAUGAACACAACCACCGGCACCGGCGGUGGCGGCGGCGGCGACGAACAACAUCUCAUCAAAACCAUAACCACCAUGCUAACCAACCACCAAAACCCACAGAACCUUCAACCUUUCAUCCCUCACCUCACUCUCCCCAUCAUCAUCUCAAUCCUCUCAUGGAAGCCACUUCACUCUCAUCCACAAACCCUAGUUUCCUUCUUCAAAUGGUUCCAAACAAACGCACCUUCAACCCUCUCCGUUUCCCCCAAACCACUCCUCACUCUCCUCCCUCCUCUCCUCUCCCGCCGCAAAUUCUCCGACGCUAAAUCCCUCCUCCUCGAUUUCAUCUCCUCCGAUCACCCUCGCCAUUCCCUUCACUCACGCCUCCUUCGCUCCGAUCAUUCCAUCCCAAAACCUCUCCUUGAUACUUCCAUAGCUGCUUAUGUUCUCUCCCAACAACCUCAACUCGCUUUCGAGAUUUUCAACAAAAUGAAACGCCUUCGGUUUCGACCGAAUUUGCUCACUUGCAACACUCUCCUUAACGCUCUUGUCAGGUCUAAUUCCUCUCAUUCUAUUCUUUUGUCAAGACAGGUUUUUCAGGAUUCAAUAAAACUUGGUGUUCAACCUAACACCAACACGUUCAACAUUUUGAUUCACGGUUAUUGUUCUAAUAAUAAUUUCAACGAGGCUUUUCGGUUGAUUAAUCAAAUGGGUGAGUUUGGUUGUUGCCCUGAUAAUGUUACUUACAAUACUGUUUUGAAUGCUUUGUGUAAGAGGAGUCAGUUGAGUAAAGUGAGGGAUUUGUUGCAACAGAUGAAGAGUAGUGGUCUUGUUCCUAAUAGGAAUACUUAUAAUAUUUUGGUUCAUGGGUAUUGUAAGGUGAAAUGGUUGAAAGAAGCUGCUGAGGUUAUUGAAUUGAUGACUGGGAAUGAUAUGUUGCCUGAUGUUUGGACUUAUAAUACUAUGGUUAGAGGUUUAUGUGACGAGGGUAAGAUUGACGAGGCUAUUAGGCUUAGAGAUGAGAUGGAGAAUUUGAGACUCGUACCGGAUGUUGUUACCUAUAAUACUUUGAUUGAUGGGUGUUUUGAGCAUCGGGGUAGCAUUGAAGCACAUAAGUUGGUAGAGGAAAUGAAGUCGAGGGGGGUUAAGGAAAAUGCUGUGACUCAUAAUAUAAUGGUUAAGUGGCUUUGUAAGGAAGGUAAGAUUGAUGAGGCGAGUAAUGUAAUGGCAAAGAUGGCGGAAAGUGGGUUCUCUCCGGAUUGUUUUACUUAUAACACUAUGAUUAAUAGUUAUUGUAAGACUGGAAAGAUGGGAGAGGCAUUUAAGAUGAUGGAUGAAAUGGGAAGGAAGGGAUUGAAAACAGAUACUUUUACUCUAAACACCAUAUUGCAUAUUUUAUGCUCAGAGAAGAAGCUAGAGGAUGCAUACAACUUGACUAUAAAUGCCAGGAAGCGAGGUUAUAUUCUUGAUGAGGUAACAUAUGGAACUCUAAUCAUGGGGUAUUUCAAGGACGAACAAGCAGACAGGGCGUUGAAGCUUUGGGAUGAGAUGAAGGAAAAAGGGAUUGUUCCCACUGUUGUCACUUAUAACACUAUAAUCAGGGGAUUGUGUCUGUCCGGAAAAACUGAUCAAGCUGUUGAUAGACUGAAUGAGCUUUUAGAGAAAGGUUUGGUCCCCGAUGAAGCUACUUGUAACAUAAUUAUACAUGGUUACUGCUGGGAAGGAGUGGUAGAGAAAGCUUUUCAGUUCCAUAACAAAAUGGUAGAGCACUCAUUCAAACCAGACAUUUUCACGUGUAAUAUUCUUCUCCGGGGACUUUGCAGAGGGGGUAAGCUGGAGAAAGGUCUUACCCUAUUUAACACAUGGAUCUCUAAAGGGAAGCCCAUUGACUUAGUCACAUACAACAUAGUAAUAUCCUCUUUUUGCCAAGAAGGACGACUUGAGGAUGCAUUCGAUCUUAUGGUAGAAAUGGAGAAGAAAAAUAUGGAGCCUGAUCGAUAUACCUAUAAUGCUAUUACGAGUGCACUUACUAAUGCUGGUAGAAAUGAGGAAGCAGCAAAAUUCGUUUCGAAACUUGCAGAGAAAGAGCAAGAUGUGAAAGCUCAAGACACUUCUCCGGAGGUUGGUACAAGUGAUAUGAUGUACUCGGAGCAAAUAAGUAGUUUGUGUACUCAGGGGAAGUACAAGGAAGCGAUGAAUCUGUUUCAACAGGCAGAGCAGAAAGGAGUUUCUUUAAAUAAAUAUACAUAUAUCAAGCUAAUGGAUGGGCUAUUGAAGAGGCGGAAAAGCAUAUCAAAAGCUGCCAGAUAAGAAUUACACAAUAGAUUGUCUCGGACUCAGGUGCUUGGACUGAACUAUAACAAGUGGGCAGAAGCUUGAGGUUAAUUACAAGUUACAAUGGUUCACUACAGUGAACUCCAUUUCAAUACAGUAUGAUGAACAACACUAGAACCUUAACUGCUCACUCCAUUGCAGUUCAUUGCUGUAUGAUCCUUCUCUUUUUGCAUUCUUUGUUCUGAUUCAAGUGAAACCAUUUUUGUCCGGUUCUUGUAAAUUUCGCUGAUUUAGGGUUUGAUCCUGGAAUUACUGGCCCUGUGUAUUCAUGCGUGCAAAAUCUGGAUUAGUGAUUUGCUUGCUGUUACGGUGAUUUGUUUGACCACACAUAUUUAGAGGAUUCUAUACAUUUGUAAUGAUUAGAUCAGAUUCUGUUUUUUUUUGUGGUAUUGGAGAGAGUAGAUCAGUUUGUACUUUAUAAGACUUACACUUCAGUCAUGUUUGUUCACAUAUGACUCCACCAACCCUGGAAUGUGAUGCAUUACUUCACAUUGCCUUAUUAGUAGUCUACAUUUAGCCCUGAAAAUGUGAUGCACCUAGUUACUUAUGUGCAGAAUUGCAGUCUGUCCCGGCCGAUUUCCCUAACACCAGCAAACCUUUUUUAUUUGGUCACUGCAAACUUUUGAUGAUCCCCCAAGUUGCUCAUCCAGAAGAAGUACAUAAUGGUCCAGCAGAAGUGCAAGCUAUUGAUGACCAUUCUGGAACUGCAAUGUUUGCACAGUUGGGUAUCUUAAUGGAAAAUAAAAUAAAACCAACUUUAUUCCACAAAUGAAACCGCCACUUGGACUGCUACGAAUAGUGUUGUGAUGCAUUAGCGGAACUUUGGUGCGCAUAUCAUAUGCGUCCUUUUUCUAGAAUAUCAAAUAUUGUUGUAGAUGCAGUAGCCGAAUCAGCUGCAAGCGGAAAGUAUAUAUAUGUGUGUAGGUUCCAGUCAUUCGACAAGGGUACAUUUCGUAAGAUUCCUCCAAUUGGAGGGGUGACUGGAAGAGAAGGUUAAUGCUGAGCAAUCAUAUUUAAGGUUCUGCUUCAGAAUUAUUUUACCCUCAAAGAUGUAUGCUUUGCAGUUUACUAUAAAGAGGGAACUCCCAAUUUGAUUUGGACCAACAUUGAUGAAAAAUUGUGUGAUUUGAAGGACCAACUGACAAAAUUGAAUGAUCGUCUCAACCAAGACAAUACAAGAAAGGUUCCGAAAGUUGAGUAUUGUCGGCUGUCAAUCAUUUCAUAUGGAUGUGAUAAGAUUACUAUAUAACUUCAAAAUGAUGUGAGAACCAUGUUUUAAAUAUUUGGUCGCAAUCUUUUCUAAGGACAGAUCAAGUUAGAUGCUACUUUGGUUAAAUUUAUUCAUACACUCUUUUUUAUUUUGGUCAAGUAACUUAGUGGCUGACGUUCACCCUUUAAAUGUGAAUAAAUGGGAUGUCGCAAGUUCGAAUCCGCGCUCCUACCUUUGAUGUCUC